AUGCUAAAGAAUUUUAUCGGUGAAAACUUCUCAACCAAUCUCAAUUUCAAUAUAGAUGAUGAAAAAUUUUAUGUUUUACCACCAAAAGGAGAAAUUAAUUUUAAAGGUAAUCCACAAGAAGAAGUAAUUAUCUUUUUGAUAUUAGGAAUUAUCAUAAAAUGAUAAUAUCUAAUAACCCUUAAAAUUUAUUGCAAAUCAACUUGUUGAAAAAACAAUCCAUAUUAGAUAAAGUUGGAUACUAUCUAAACAAGCGUUUAAUUUUAAUAUACCACCCUCUUAUUUUAAAAAAAAAAAAAUAAUAAAAAGAAAUAAUGAUCAACUUCAAAUGAAAAAGGAAAUUAAUCAAUAUGACUUUGUUCCUUAUGUAGAUUUCGAUAAUCAUUAAUUAAAUUAAAUAAGGAAAGAUGGCACUUUUGAUGUUUGGUCUAAGAAUAAUUCAAAUACAAAAUAUAGAUGGAUUAUUUCAAGAUGGAUAAUAAAAGGAACCAAGAACAUAAGAAAUUCUUUUUAUAAAGAUAUGUUAAAGGUUUAAGAUUGUCUAACUGGAUUAGGAGAUUUUAUUUAUAAUAAAGAAAAAUUUGAUAGUUUAUGGAACUUUUCAAUUGCUCAUGGAUUUUGUAUAAUUUUUAAAGUAAAAUAUAUUAUUCAUUUAGAAAACGAUAUUGAUUCCAUCAGUAUUUAUUGGAUAUAGAGAAGUAAUUAGUGAUUUUUCAUAAAAAACAGCUUAGCUUACAGUAGAGAAAGAAAGAUAACUAGCGUUAAAAAAAAAGAAUUUCAAUUUUUCAAUAUAUUAAUAUUUUCUUUAUACACCAGAAAAUUAAUAAGCUUUAAAAAUGAAGGUUGAUUUUAUUAAGAAUCAAUUAAAAUAUUUUGAACAAGAAUGUUGGAAAAUAGCCUCAUAAUUGAGUGCUAUACAUUUAAAUAGAAAUCAUUAAAAUAAUUAUGAAUUUACAAAUCUUUAGGAGAAAUACAGCAUUAUUUUUGAUCCAAAUAAAGACAUAGAGGAACUUAUAAGUGAAUAGCUUUAUAUUGCUUAAUAGAGAUUUUUUCAAAUAAAUAAUUUAGAUUUACCAUAAGUUGCAAUUAGAUAAAUAUUGGAUAUUAUUGAAUGUUAUAAAUUAUAAAGAUACUAUUAAGAACUUUUGAAGGUAUAAGAUUUAUUUAAUGUUUAGAAUGAAUUAGCAAUUUACGAAAACGAUGUGAUUGAAUAAUAUGAAAAAGAAUUCUUCUUUUUAAGUAAGAAAAGUCAUCGAGUUAAAUACAUUAAAGCUGCUUUAAAAAUUAAAAAGAAGAAUUUAAAAAAUAAAUAUUAUUAAUAAAUGAUUUAAGAAUUAACCUAAAAGAAUAUUUCUGAUAGAAAUAUUUAUAUAGAAUUUAUGGAAAAUAAACAUAAAUAUAAGGAUAGAGUAAAAGACAUAUAGAAAAUAGCUAAAGAUAAAUCUUAAAAUCCAAACAUUACAAUUCAAAUGUAAAUUAUAUAAGAUAAUUUAAGAGUUCGUUUAGUAGUUCCUCCUUAUCCAAUAGUUUAAAAAGAUAAUAAAUUUACCUUUGUAAAGGAAAUAACUUAUGAGGUAACAUCUAAAUAUUAUUUUUGGAAAUUUAGUAGUUUAUGCAUACUAUAUUUAACAUUAAUUGCAAAUAGCUAUUAUAUAUUUUAUUAAUUUGGAUUAAUGGGACCUUAUGGAUUAAAAGCAUUAUUUUCAAUAGAACCAUUUUAUAAUGAUUAAGUAAUAAAUGAGUAAACUGGAGAAGUUACAGAUGAUGAACUGAUUUAAACAAUUUGUUCAACUUUAAAAUUGGUUUAUAAAGGUAUGAAUAAAUCAAGAGAUGAAUUUGAAAAUUCUGAAGAUUCUGGUAUGUUUGGUAAAGGAUGCACAAGACUUUGUAAUUUAAUAGAAGUCUAUAUAUUUAGAUUUUUAUUUGUUGGAAUAUUUUGUACAUUAAUUUUAAAACCUAUGUUAAUUCUUUUCUUUUCAACUAUAUUGUUCUUUAUUUUCAUAACUUCUAUAAUGUGGGCUGGUUUUGUAGCAUUAAUAAAGUAUAAGAUAUAAAAGAUAAUAUAGAUGGAUGAUAUGUUUACUAUUCCAUGAUUAUGAAACAGUAGAGAGAAUUGAAUAUAAUGAAUUAGAUUAUAUUCAUUUUUGCAUGCCAUUAUUUAGAGCUAUAUUAGAUAUAAUGAUAGGCAUGGUUGAAAUAAUGGUUUGUAUAUUUUGUUUGAUGAUAUUCCCUUUUUUUGCAAUACUCAUAUUUAUAUUUGGUAUUUUAAGAUACGUAAUACGUUCUAUUUAUGAUUGUUUCAUGAUGACAGUAUUUAUAAAUAUAAUUAUUAAUAGUUUGUCUAUUGUUGUGGAAGAGUUCCUUAUCGUUCAGGAUGUUUAGCCUGGAGAAUUGGUGGAGAUAACAAAUAGAAAACAAUAAUAUAUAAUUAUCAUAAAGUAUAAUAAUAUGUAAAAUACAUUUAGUUAACAACUAAUGAAUUAUAACUUUUAACUUCUAGAGAAUUAGAAAAAUAUAUUCUUGAAGAAUAUUAACAUAGAAUUAUAGCAACUAUUUAAUAACCAGAAAAAGAUAUUAAUAAAAAUUUGUAACCUUUUUUUGAUAAUUUUAAUGCCAAUUACUAAUGUGAUGAUAAAAAUUCUAAACUUCUUCUAGAUUAACUUUCGGCUAAAAUUGCUAAAUAAAUAUCUAAUCAUCCAGUAUUAGAUUAAGAAACUAAAAAAUAUAUCAAAUAUACAGAAAAUGAACUUCAUGAAAUUAAAUUGUUUUUGAAAACAUACUUAAUUGAAUAAAUCAAUAUGAAAAAUAUGCAUUCAUUUAUUUGGAGACGUACAGGGUUAUAAAUUGGAGAGUAUUCAGCUUUGGUUGAUAUUAUUAUAACCUCAAUUUUUGGUAUAGAUUUUUUAAUACCAAAUGAAGAAAUUAUUCGAGAAGUCUAAAUAGUAAUAAUAUAUUAUAUUCUCAUUAGAAAGUUGAGAAAGAAAAAGGAUUUAGUGAACAAAUAGGAAGAGCUAUGAAAGGAAAAGUAAAUUUAAAUUAACCAGAAAAAUAUGAAUUGGAAGAAAAAAAAGAACUCCAGAAACGUAUAACAAAGAAUGUGUAUAAAUAAUUUAUUCCAUUUUCAGAAGUAAUUUAUUUUUAUAAUUAGAUGUUUGAUAAAAUUUGGUUAGCCCAAUCAACAUCUUAAGAAUGGAGUUCUUUAAAUAAUAAAAAUUUAAGAUUUUUGUUAAACUAUUCUUUAAAGGAUGAAUGA